GGGUCGGGACCUGUGGUCGCGUCCCCCGGCCGGGAAGCAGCGCCUGGCUGCGGGACACAGUCGGCACCUCCUCUCCCUCUCCCUCUCCCUCACUCAACCCCCUCCAGCACCAGGCGCGCCCCCGCUUGCAAUCCGCGUGCCCGCGGCCAGAGAGCAGCAAACUCUCUCUCUCCAGCUUCACCCAGACUAGAAACAAACCAGCUGAAGCAACAGGUCAAAGCAAGACGGAACCGAGAUGGCGGAGACGUGAGAGUGUGCGUGUGUGUGACAGCCAGCCAGCCAGCGCCCAGCCAGCAUCAAGCAGCAGUCUCACUCACAAUGAAGCUGCCAGCCCUCUGAUCAACGCUCCCUUCACCACCCACUGCUGUUUAAUUUGUGUUUACUUCCAAACCUCUCUUUGCAAAGAAGGGAGAGAGAGAGAGAGAGAGAGAGAGGGGCAAAGAGAGCAGAGGAUGAUGAAGAGUUGUAAGAAAAAGCUGUGUGUGUGACGGGCAGAGACUGGUUACAGGAGCAACGCAGAGGGACAUCGCCGGCAGAGGCAUGGCCUCGAAGGAACGACUGUACGAGUUAUGGAUGUUGUACUUUACUAAGAAGGAUCCCAACUACCUUCAGCAAUGGCUUGAAGCUUUCGUCUCCUCUUUUGAACGGCUCAUUGACAUCAGCUCCCUUGAACCGUUACAGCGCAGACCAGAGGAGAUGACGGCAGAGAUCCCACUGUUGCCGGACAACGUGCUCCAGGUUCUGAGCCAACAGCUGAGUCAAUGUGUGAAGAGAUUAUCCACUGAAGAGGCAGAGACGGGCCUUGGACAGGCACUGCUCCUCAUAAAGUUCCUCAUUAUCAUCUGCAGAAACUUUGAAAAUAUUGAGGCAAAGAUCACUCCGACCGUCAUCCUGGAGGUGAUUGAACUCUUGUCGGUGUGUAUAUCUGAGCUGAAGAAUGAAACACGGAGACUUUUGCCGGACACGGCAAAGGUGGAGCAGUUAACCACGUACGCCGUGCACCUGUGCGAAUGUCUCUUCGACCCGUACCAAAUCUGGAGGCGGCAACUGGGCGGGGAGAUCAUCAGCUCGAUGGAAAGAAGUAAAUACAAGUUUACCCCAGCUGAUCUACCUCAAGAAUUCAAUACGUUCUUCCACGAAAGUUUCCAGAGCUGCCAGACUUUACCAAAGACAAUUCAACUGCGGCUGAUGUAUCUUUACGGAGCAAUUAUCAGUGGCAGUAAAAAGAGUGCUCUGGUGGCCAUCACCCCGACCUCGGUCCAGGCUCUCAUGACGGUUCUCAGGGCCAGCGGCGAGCUGGGCAGCCUGGAGCGGAGGGAGAGCAGGCUGCUGCACGUUGCCUUGAAGUGCCUGAUCUCAAUGGUACACAUCCUGCACGCCAGCAGCCUGGACCAGCGGCAGGUAGACAUCAAGGCCAUCCUGGAUGGUUACUUCAAGCUGCUGAAUGCGGACAGGCCAGUGGCCUUGCUGGAGGAGGCAACACAGAGCUCUCUGGAUGACGGCUUCAUCUCACUACGCAUCAACAUGCUCAGUGCUAUCUCGGACAUGUUGAACUGCAAGGACCGCCCUGCUCUUCAGGCCAUCUUCCUCAAUAAUAACUGCUUUGAACACAUCAUUAGACUCAUCCAGAACAGCAAGCUCUAUGUCGGCAGUGCAUCUCAGGAUGACGGAAUGGGGGGCCCAGAUCUUGCCACCCAGUUGCUGACUGAAAUCAAUCUCAGCAAGGUAUUCGAGAAGGAGACUGGCUCCAUCACCGUACACGCCAUCAGAGUCCUGACGGCCAUCAUGAAGAACUCCCCCUCCGCCAAGGAGGUAUUUAAGGAACGCAUUGGGUAUCCCCACCUGUACGAGGUACUAAAGAGCCAGGGGGAGCCCACCACGCGUCUCCUCCAGGAGCUGAUGAACAUGGCUGUAGAGGAUGAGAGUACACGCGAGCACACGGUGAUCAGCAAUGAGCAGCCGCUGCUGAUGUUGACCCGGUGGCUGCCGGAGCUGACUUCCCGUGAGCGGCAGAUCCUGGUGUCGGAGUGGCUGAAGAAGGUGUGCGGCGCCUCGCUGCGGGCGCGGAUGACGGGCGUGAAGGCGGGCAUGCUGCCGGCCGCGCUGGCCUCCCUCGGCCACCACCCGCAGCUGGACCGCAAGUGCGGGGACAAUCUGGUGGACCUGCUCCAGUCGCUCGGCAGCCUCUCCAUCCAGCCAGCCGAGCUCCGGCAGCUGAUCAAACUCCUGCGAGUGGAGGAGGAGGAGGGGGAGGGGGGCGUGGCGCACCCCUACACCGCCCGCGUGGUCCGGGCGCUGUCCGCCAUGGCCGACAGCGACGGCUCCGACAGCGCGCUCCAGUACUUCGAUCUGACGCCCAGCAUGGCCGGGAUAAUGGUUCCCGCCAUCCACAAGUGGCCGGGGAACAGCUUCGCCUUCCACACCUGGCUCUGCCUCAACCAGGAGCAAGACGACCUCUACCUGUUGAAACACAGACCCAAGAGGAAACAACUGUACAGUUUCUUCACAGCCAGUGGCACAGGCUUCGAGGCGUUCUUCACCGCCGACGGGAUGUUGGUGGUCGCCGUUUGCACCAAGAGAGAAUACAUGACCGUGGCUGUCCCCGACUUCACCUUCAGCGAUUCAACCUGGGUAUGUUCAUUCCCCGGAUGGCAGGACUGACAUCUGAUGAAAGAA